AUGCUUUGGGACUGCCCCAAGAGCGGCCGUGACCGAGGCCGCAGGGAAGGCUGCCCCGGCCGGGGAGCGGGCGGCGGGCCGGGCGGCCACUCAGGGGCUCUGCUCUGCCGUGCCAGGUCUCCCCGGGAGCGCGACGGCCGCGACAAGCUGGAGCUCAGCCUGCCCGACCUGCGGGCCGACGUGCUGGAGCUGCUCCUGGAGUUCGUCUACACGGGCUCGCUGACCAUCGACUCGGCCAACGCCAAGACGCUGCUCGAAGCCGCCAGCAAGUUCCAGUUCCACACCUUCUGCAAGGUCUGCGUGUCCUUCCUCGAGAAGCAGCUGACCCCCGGGAACUGCCUGGGAGUGCUGGCCAUGGCCGAGGCCAUGCAGUGCAGCGAGCUGUACCACAUGGCGAAGGCCUUCGCGCUGCAGAUCUUCCCCGAAGUGGCGGCCCAAGAGGAGAUUCUGAACAUCUCCAAGGACGACUUCAUCGCCUACGUGUCCAACGACAGCCUCAACACCAAGGCCGAGGAGCUCGUCUACGAGACCGUCAUCAAGUGGAUCAGGAAGGACCCGGCGGCCCGAGCGCAGCACGCCGCAGAGCUACUGGCCGUGGUGCGUCUGCCCUUCAUCCACCCCAGCUACCUGCUCAAUGUGGUCGACAACGAAGAACUCAUCAAGUCAUCAGAGGCCUGCAGGGACCUGGUCAAUGAGGCCAAGCGCUACCACAUGCUGCCUCACGCCCGCCAGGAGAUGCAGACGCCCCGGACGAGGCCCCGGCUCUCAGCAGGUGUGGCCGAGGUCAUCGUCCUGGUUGGGGGCCGACAGAUGGUAGGGAUGAGCCAGCGGUCGCUGGCCGCCGUCACGUGCUGGAACCCGCAGAACAACAAGUGGUACCCCCUGGCGGCCCUGCCCUUCUACGACCGAGAGUUCUUCAGUGUCGUCAGUGCUGGGGACAACGUCUACCUCUCUGGGGGAAUGGAGUCGGGGGUGACUCUGGCGGACGUCUGGUGUUACAUGUCGCUGCUCGACAACUGGAACCUGGUGUCCCGGAUGACGGUCCCCCGGUGUCGGCACAACAGCCUGGUGUACGACGGCAAGAUUUACACUCUCGGAGGCCUCGGCGUGGCCGGCAACGUGGACCACGUGGAAAGAUACGACACGAUCACCAACCAGUGGGAGACGGUGGCCCCCCUCCCCAAAGCCGUGCAUUCAGCUGCGGCCACCGUGUGCGGGGGCAAGAUCUACGUGUUCGGAGGCGUGAAUGAGGCCGGCCGGGCCGCCGGGGUGCUCCAGUCCUACGUCCCUCAGACCAACACGUGGAGCUUCAUCGAGUCCCCGAUGAUCGAUAACAAGUACGCCCCAGCCGUCACGCUCAACGGCUUCAUCUUCAUCCUGGGAGGCGCCUACGCGCGGGCCACCACCAUCUACGACCCGGACAAGGGCAACAUCAAGGCGGGGCCCAACAUGAACCACUCCCGCCAGUUCUGCAGCGCCGUCGUGCUGGAUGGAAAGAUCUACGCCACGGGGGGCAUCGUGAGCAGCGAGGGGCCGGCCCUGGGCAACAUGGAGGCCUACGAGCCGGCCACCAACACGUGGAGCCUCCUGCCGCACAUGCCCUGCCCCGUGUUCCGGCACGGCUGCGUCGUGAUUAAGAAGUACAUCCAGAGCGGAUGAGCCCGGGACGGGCCGGGACGGACGGACGGACGGAGGGUGGGCCGCGGGCUCCCCGGCCCUGCCGCGCUCCACCCAGUGUAGACCAGCCGCCCUCGCCUUUCGGGAAGCCGGCCGUGGCCGGCGCUCCGUGCUGGGGGCCCACGCAGGGCCCCUCCCGGGAGGCCCGGCGCCCGCCGGCCCAGGUGCAAUAGAAACUCCCUUUUUUACUCGCCGGGGGGGCCGCCGCCGCCUCCCCCGUCCCGCAGCGAGCGCGUGGCCGAGGCUCGCUCCGAGGCCCACUCGAGCUUUCACACCAUCUCAGGCUCUUAGCGGCUGAGCGGAGGCGCCCGGCCCGGGGGAGGCCCCGGAGGUGCUCGGGAGCGGCAAGGGGGACGCGAGGGAGGCUCCGGCUCCCCGGCAGACGGCCGGCUGGGCCUGCUUUCUCCGAUCCCGUCUGAAUUCUUGACCUUUCCAAGAGCGAAAGUCUAUUUGGGGGGCCUGACAGGAGCAGGAGGUAAGUAGAGGGAGGGCCGGGGCGAACAGCCUGACCCCCGCCUCCUCCCGACGGGGCCGUCCCACUCCCUUUUCUAUACACAGAUCCGAGAUUCCGGGCCGCUCCUGGGGGCCUGCACCUGCCCUUGUUCUAGGGAGCCCGGACGCCCCAGCGGCCUGUGAAAGCUGUGCCUUGUGGGGAGGCCCCUGGAGAGCCCGCGCCUGGCCUCUGGAAGGAGCCGAGUGCGAGCGGGGGGACCAGGCGGCUGUGGGGGGGGGCAGAGGGGGAUCGGCCAUCUCCGAAGCGCAGGAGACUAUUUUUGAUAUGGAAAGCUAUAUAGUGAAGGGCUCCCGCGGGAGCUCGGGAUGGGGACGGCCCGAGAGGCGGCUCCGGCCAGGCCUCCGUCUCUAGCCAGGAGCUGGCUGCUCGGCACGCCCCCCCCUCCCACCCUGGGCAGCCACGGGGCAAAGCCGCCCCCCGGGCUCGGAGCCGGAGAGGCGUCCAGAAUUCCAGCCCCUGGCCGGCCGCUCCAUCCGCCUGGCGCCGGACCCUGGUUACGCGGCGAUGCGGGAGAUUAUUUAUUCUUUU